AUGCAGAUCAAAGACCGCACGUUUGCGAUCUCCGGCGGCUCAUCCGGUUUAGGCCUCGCCACCGCCCUUCUCCUCGCGCAACAUGGCGCGUACAUCUCCAUACUCGACCUCAACCCACCACCCUCCGACUCCUCUUUUCCCGAACACCAUAUUCUCUUCACCAGCACCGACGUGUCCUCGACCAACUCUCUUCAAGCCGCCCUACAAGCUACUCUCAAAUGGACCGCCAACACCUCGGCGCCCCUCUCCGGCGUCAUCUGCAGCGCUGGAAUCGGGACUGCAGGCCUCGUUCUUCCUAAGCAAACGGCAGCUAACCCGCAACACUCGCAAAGAGCAGGAGAAACGCAAGGCGGCGCAUCAGCUCAAGCAACGCCAUACGCUGGUGCAUCUGGAGGCAACACCACCAAUGCGUCCACCAAGGGCAAAGUAGAAGGCGGCGCGACGGCCCAGCCAACACCAUAUGGCGGCGCUUCGGGGAGCUCAAAGACCCCUAAGACAGCGGGGCCAGCAGACGUGCCGGUGAAAUACUACGACAUGUCCUCGUUUGACCGCACCAUCGCCAUAAACCUUCGCGGCACCGUUGACCUCAUCCGACUAGCCGUACCACACAUGGCCCGCAACGAGCCCUGGGGCCCGGACGGCGAACGAGGCAUCAUAGUCGUUGUAAGCAGCGUCGCCGCAUACGAAGGCCAAGUCGGCCAAUUAGCAUACAGCGCAAGCAAAGGCGCCGUGCGGAGUAUUGUGCUGCCGCUGGCAAGGGAGCUGGGACAGAAGGCUGGAGUGAGGGUCAUGGGUGUUGCGCCGGGCAUGUUUGAGACGGGAAUGACUGUGCCAAAGCCGAAGCCGAAGUCAGCAACCCCAAACGCCGGAGGCAAGGUCACCGCAGGCGCAACUGCGCAACCAACACCGUACGGCGGCGCAUCCGGCGCUCAGAAGGAGGAGAAAAAGAAGCCGACAGGUGCGCGAGCGGGCGUGAACCCGGAGAUGGUCAACUACCCUGUUCGGAUGGGCAAAGGGGAGGAGUUUGCGCGGCUGGUCAAGGAGAUCGUCGAGAAUCCUAUGCUAAAUGGGUUUGUGGUAAGGCUGGACGGUGGUGUCAGGAUGCCGACAAGAUUAUGA